AUGGACAUAAGAAAUUUUUUUAAAAACACGAAUGAUGAUAAAGAUUCUAGUCAAAUAAUUAAAACCCCUCCCAUAAAUAAUGAAAUAAUUGUUGGAAUUGGAAGAGUAAUUGAGAGUCAGGAUAUAGAGCCAAAGCCAUCAAAAGAGUACAUUGAUCCGUAUGAUAUAGCCAAUUUUUUGGAUAAAGAUAAUAUUAGCCUAGAAGAAAGACACUUACUUCUUAAAAAAAUUUAUAUUCCACCCCUCAAUUUUCAAUAUCCACAAACUGUAUGUGCUAAUCGAAAGCUAAAAUUUCAAAACAGCUAUUUUACUAGAUGGUUAUGGCUAGCAUACUCUAUCCGUGACAAUGGAGCUUAUUGUAAGAUAUGUGUCCUGUUUGGUCCAAGAUAUGCUGGAAGAAAUUUGGUUAAGCUUAACACUCUUGUUAAGACUCCAUUUAACAGAUACAAAGAUGCUGGAGAAAUUUUUGAUAAUCAUCAAAAAACAAAUUAUCACAAAAGUUGUGAACUAAUGAUUUCCUCAAAAAAAUCAAUUCAAAGUGGGGAUAUGAUUCCCAUUACAUCACAUAUUGAUAAAAGUAGGCUUACAAUUGCAAAAGAAAAUAGAUGCAAGAUAAGACUAACUAUUGAGGCUAUUCUAUAUUGUGGGUUGCAGGGAUUAGCUUUACGUGGCCAUUUUGAUUCAGGAAGCCUGAAUUUCAAUAAUAAUGAUAACGAAGGGAAUUUUCGUGGCCUUAUAAAAUUUAAAGCAUUAGGAGAUUUUGCAUUAAUGGAGAGCAUUAAUAGUAGUAAUAAAAAUGCUACAUAUCUUAGCCCUAGGAUCCAAAAUGAAAUAAUUGAUGUUUGCAAUAAUAUCAUUCUAGAAAAAUUGAUUACUGAAAUCAAUUCUGCCCCAUGCUACUCAAUUUUGGCAGAUGAGACCACAGACAUUGCUGGCAUUGAGCAGAUGUCACUUUGUGCACGACAUAGGCGUAGCCAGGAUUUUCAUAAGGGGGGGGGAAUCAAAAAAAUACUGAAGGCUUCGCCCCCAGACCCCUUUUGGGCGGGCCUUUCGGCAGCUUUUCCCCGGCCUUUGGCCGGGUUACUUUAA